AUGGCCGAUGUGGUGGUUGAGCCCGUAUCUCAAAAAGCUUCUCAGCGCCAUCGAAGGGCCAUGUCCAGCACUGUCAACCCCGCUGGCUAUGCUCCAUACCCAUCCGCUCGACUUGCAGCCCCACGACCGGCCGUUGACUCAACUGGAAUGCUGAUUCCACCUAUCUCUACUGCCUCUGCGUUGAAUGCUCAUCUUGCCUCCCCUGUCUCUACUCCGACAGAGCCUCGCGGGCGCUCUGGUCACUCUCGCAAUGUUUCUGCACCUAGUAUUGACGAAUCAACUCUUUCCCGCUAUGGAUAUCCUACCUACCGCCAGCUGCCAAAAUUUGUGUCCCAGUACAGCCCCACAACUCCUGUAUCUUCGACAGCGCUGACGUUACCCAAUUAUGGCCCUGCUAAACACGAUCCUCUGCCCCACCAGUCCUAUAGUGGCACUCCCGGAGUUUACAAUGUGCCAACUGUUCCCACUAAGAGACUUGAAGCUCCAGUUAGCAUUGCCGGCCCUGCUAAGCCCCAAGUACCCACUUCCACAACUCUUUUUGAAUAUCUCACUGCUCCGACACAGGCUGUAAAUUUGACGCAAAACAUCUCCGGCCAUACCUCUUCUCAAACUCAGACUCAUUUUUGGUGGGACAUUCGAAAUUUGCGGCGAUGGUCCACUUUCUCACUGGACACGAUGAGCGAGAUACCAAAACUAUCAAAGCUACUCACAACAGAUAUCCCGGAUAGCCUUACGCCAAAAUCCAAUAUUUCCUCUUCAAGGCUUCUGCCAGAUUCCGAAUUUGCUCUUGCAACAGCUAUUCGCGAUAUAUACGCUCCCCGUGUCAAUGCUGCACUCCGGGUCUCUCAGGGUCGCGAGUGCUUAUCUCUUUACGCUGCACCUGAGGUGGGGACCAAUCAUGAGAAUGGCCCUCACUUUCUUGCAAACUAUCCGUCUGACACGGAAAUAACAUCAACAGGAUCGCCUCGUGGCCGCUUGGUGGGACUUGUAAAGACGUUUGACCGUUGGAAUACUGGUAUGCGUAAUGAGCAGCCUCAUCGUCGAGUGGAGUAUCUCCAUGGGCUUUCACAUUUACAGCGCUGCAUGCGAGAGCAUUCUUGCCGGUACGGUUUUAUCAUGAAUGAAAUUGAGCUUGUUUGUGUUCGUGCCGGAUGUGAUGAAGGUGGCGACGUUCCCUACUUUGGCUUUUUGGAACUCGCAACCCCAAUCACAACAAAUACAUCCUCGGCUUCAUACAACGCCUUGGCUGCUUGCGAUCUUGAGCGUACUUAUUCUUCUGACUCGAGCCAAUCCUCCGAUUAUUCCGGUUCUUCUCGCAGUACAACCCCCGAGCGCUCUUCAACGCCAGGACUCUCAGGGCCUUUUACUGCGACCCUUGCCCUUUAUUACCUCCUGAUGCUUUCAAAGGCCGUACCACUCCCUGGUCAGCCGUCCUGGCAUUUGAAUGUCGGCGGCCCCGGCGCUUUAACGCGUCAACGUGUCCUCCCAGAAGGUAAAGAUAAGUGGAUACCUGAUCCCCAGCUGCGAGAGCGUCGAUAUGCAAAAAGAGUCCGCGGGUGGGUUAUGCCCCAGGACGCUUGGCACCGCCGAGAAAGCGCAGGUAGAAAACCUACAAAGCCCAAACAGUGGCAUAAAUGA